ACUUUAUUCGACAGGUUAAUCAAUUCCAAAAAAAAGCAAAAAAAAACAUGCGUUUCCUUGCCAUUGCUGCUUUUGUUGCUCUGUGUGCUGUGAGCAUGGCUCAUGAUCACCAUGGUAAUGAUGAUGAUCACAAGCAUGAACAUUAUUCUCAUCCCAAAUAUGAAUUCAAAUAUGGUGUCAAGGAUUUGAAAACCGAGGAUAUUAAGGAGCAAUGGGAACAUCGUGAUGGCGAUAAAGUACAUGGCGGCUACCUCUUGAAGGAGGCUGAUGGCACCACACGUGUCGUUAACUAUCAUGCUGAUGAUCACAGUGGCUUCCAUGCUGAUGUCAAAACAAUUGGUCAUGCCAAACAUCCUGAAACUCAUCAUAGUCACCAUGACGAAGAACACCAUGGACAUCAUGAUCAUCAUGUCGAACACAACAGCCACCAUAGUGACAAUGCCAAACACCACUAUUCCGCCUCCUCUCAUAAUGACGGCAAGGAGCAUGUUGUAAAAUAUACCAAUCAUGUGGAACAUGAUGAUCACCACAGCAGCCAUAAACAUGACGACCAUCACGGACAUGAUUAUUACAGUGGUGAUCAUCACGGUCAUGCCACCAGCUUUGUUAAAGUGAAGCACCAUUAA